AAAAAUGGAAGUAAAAUACCACUGCUGAAUAACAGAACCGGUUCGGUUAUGACGCAGUUGUCGUCUUCGGUACAGGUAACGUCUUUAACUUUAAUAACUCAACCAUAAAAUAAAUUAAAGUAUUAUUUACUUAUUAUAUAACUACUAUCAUAAUGUACUCAAAUUACUACUCCGUUUUAAAUGAAAAUGUGCUGUAACUAAUAUAAAACAUUAAUUGGAUUAUCUAACCUUGAGAGAAGAAAUGAGAGAAGUUAAGUCUCGUUGUAGUGCAAAGUUAGUCUUCAAUAAUAGGCAGACUGUUAAUUACGUGAAAAAAACUGAUUGUGAUUGGCAUUAUUAAACGCUUGUUGUCUUACGCAUAGAUAUUUCAUUAUAACAUACAGUACCGCAUCGAAAACUGCAUAUCAAGAAAAAUAUUUACCAUGUGUCUGUUGAGUUUGUUCCAAAUUCUGUUAAGUUUAGUUAUUAUUUUUCAUUUUGUGACAUAUUUAAUACAAAAGAAAAAGAGAAAAGGAAGGAAACAACAAGAAAAUGAUUCGACUUCGAACAAAUAUGGAGAGAAUUUGUUUGUAUCUGGAGAAAAUAAAGACAACGGGCAGGAGUUAAAAAUGAAUCUUCCGACUAUGUCCUUUUUACCAUUUUUGUGGAACAUUGCAUUUUCUCAACGUGACAAGCAAUACCACGAUUCAUACAUCGGAAUACUAAGUUUAAAUAUAUCUGCGGGACUCUCUAUGCUAUUUCCAAACGAGAAAGUUGCCUGUAUAAAUAUACUUGGAUAUAAAUUAAUUUUUUUCUUACAUCCAGAAUCUGCAAAGGAAGUGUUAAAAAGCAAAAGUUUAAUCAAUAAGGAUUCUACAUGUGAUUUCUUCAAGCCACUUCUCGGAAACAAUACUUUUUUUUGCAGUUCUGACGAUGAUUGGAGAAGAAGAAGAAAAUAUUUAGCUCCGCAUGGACAAGUUUGGAAUCUGAAAGAUGAUCAAGAUAUAUUUAUGGAGCAUUCAAACGUCUUAGUCGAAAAGCUCAAACAAUUACAGGAGAAUGAAAUAUUCGAUAUUCUGGAAUGGACUAAAUAUUGCACUCUCGAUAUUAUUGCAGAACUAACAGUAGGAGUUUCUCUACAUUCUCAGACUACGAACGAUCAAGAAUAUGUGUCUGCAAUGCACAGAAUUGUGAAAUGUUUUCCUGUAUGGUUAGUAAAUCCAUUGUACUGGUUUUUUCCAAUUUUCUUCAUGAGUAAAACGGGGAAAAAUUACAAAAAAGACAUUGAAAUAAUUCAUCGUUUCGACGAAAAGCUGUUUAAGAGAAGAAAAGAAAAUUUGGUGAAAAAAAUGCAGCAGCAACAUUCCUUAGACAAAGAGACACAUAAUGAAGAAGAACCAAAGAUGAAAACAAAACAGCGUAUUAUCGAUUCCCUGUUGGAUCUUCAUGUCAAACAAGGUUUAAUAUCGGAAGAAGACGUUAUCAGAGAUAUGGGAGCUACUAUUUUCGCGGGUUACGACUCAACCGCCAACAUUGUAUCCUGGGCUCUUUAUUUCAUGGGAAGAUUCCACGAAAUACAAGAGAAAGUGUAUCUAGAAUUGCAAGAAAUUUUCAAAAAUGAUUUCAAUAGGGAUAUUACUAUCGAUGACCUGACGAAAAUGACGUACUUGGAAUGCGUAAUUAAGGAGUCGAUGAGAAUCUAUCCUCCUUUUCCUUUAAUUGCCAGAAAAAAUCCAUCGGAAAUGAAAAUAGGUAAUUACGUGUUGCCUGCAAAUUCGACUCUUGUCAUAAAUAUCUAUGGUAUUCAUCAUAAUCCUUCUGUUUACGAAAAUCCCGAAAUAUUCGAUCCAGACCGGUUCCUACCUGAAAACUAUAAAAAUCUUCACCCUUAUGCAUUUCUGGCAUUUUCUGCCGGUCCACGAAAUUGUUUCGCAAGUAAAGGUGCAAUGAUUAAAAUGAAAACAAUUUUAGCAAAUGUUCUUCGAAAUUUUAAAAUUUACUCUUUGGACCCUCAAGAUAAGAUCGUUACUAGUUUUGAAAGUAUUUUGACCCCAAUAUUAGGUAUAAGAAUAUGUGUAGAAAAAAGAUGUAAGUUGUAAGAUAUGAAAUUUCGUUGGGGUAAUUUUUAUUACAAAUAUGUAUGAACAAAAGGCUAUAUCAUAUAAUCUAGACGAGUGCAUUUAAAAACUGUAUCGAAAUAAUU